GCAGAUUCAGGAAAUCAUGCUAAUUCUGAAGGCAUUGGUCCACGCCUAGUGUCAGUUUCUGUUAGUUUUGGUGGAAUGCUGAUAUUUGCCAUGAUGCUCGGGCUAGUUUUUGAUGCAAUCUCUGAGAAAUUUGAUUCACUCAGGAAGGGAAGAAGUGAAGUAGUUGAGCAGAACCAUACACUUAUAAUUGGUUGGAGUGAUAAACUGGGAUCGUUAUUGAAUCAACUCGCAAUAGCUAAUGAGAGUUUGGGGGGGGGAACUGUUGUAGUCAUGGCUGAGCGAGAUAAAGAAGAGAUGGAACUUGAUAUUACUAAAAUGUAGUUUGAUUUUAGAGGAAUUUCUGUCAUAUGCAGAAGUGGAAGCCCCUUGAUUUUGGCUGACCUGAAAAAGGUGUCUGUCUCUAAGGCUCGUGCAAUAGUUGUCCUCGCUGAAGAUGGGAAUGCUGACCAGAGUGAUGCCCGUGCUCUAAGGACAGUUUUAAGCCUUACAGAAGUAAAGGAAGGACUUCGGGGCCACCUAGUGGUUGAACUCAGUGAUCUUGAUAAUGAGGUCCUUGUGAAGCUAGUUGGUGGAGAUCUUGUUGAAACAGUGGUAGCUCAUGAUGUAAUUGGGCGCUUAAUGAUUCAAUGUGCUCGACAGCCAGGUCUUGCGCAAAUAUGGGAAGACAUCCUUGGAUUUGAGAAUUGUGAGCUCUACAUCAAGAAAUGGCCAUAGUUGCAUGGCAUGCAAUUUGAAGAAGUCCUAAUCAGCUUUCCUGAUGCUAUUCCUUGCGGAGUCAAGGUGGCAUCAUCAGGUGGGAAAAUAAUACUGAAUCCCGAUGACUCCUAUGUGUUGCAAGAAGGAGAUGAAGUCCUUGUUAUUGCCGAGGAUGAUGACUCGUAUGCUCCAACAGCACUGCCUAUGGUUCAGAGAGGAAACUUGCCAAAGAACUUAAUUACUCCAAAGACUACAGAGCGGAUUCAUUUUUGUGGUUGGCGACGAGAUAUGGAGGAUAUGAUACUGGUAUUGGAUGCCUUCAUAGCUCAUGGUUCAAAGUUGUGGAUGUUCAAUUAAGUCUCCGAGAAGGAAAGAGAAAAGAAGCUAACAGAUGGUGGCCUGGAUAUUAGCCAGCUGGCAAACAUAAUACUGGUAAACCGCGAGGGCAAUGAUGUUAUACGCCGCCAUCUAGAAAGUCUUCCCUCGGAAUCAUUUGACUCGAUCUUAAUUUUGGUAGAUGAAUUAGUGAAAGAUUCCACAAUUCAGGCGGAUUCCAGAUCACUUGCCACAUUACUGUUAAUACGUGACAUUCAGGCCAAACGCUUGCCAUACAGAGAAUCUGUGGUUUCCAAAAUUCACAGGGGUAGCUCCUCCCAAGGCUCCUGGAGAGAGGAGAUGCAACAGGCUUCAGAUAAGUCGAUUAUAAUCAGUGAAAUUUUGGACCCGAGGACUAAAAACCUCUUGACUAUGUCAAAGAUAAGUGACGUUUUGUCAAAUGAGCUUAUUAGCAUGGCAUUGGCCAUGGUGGCAGAGGACCGUCAAAUAAAUAAUGUAUUGGAAGAGGGAAAUGAGAUGCAAAUAAGAGGAGCAAAGGUAUACCUUUGUGAGGGUGAGGAGUUGAGUUUUUAUGAAGUGCUCCUGCGUGCACGACAAAGGAGAGAGAUUGUGAUUGGUUACCGUCUUGCUAAUACCGAAAAAGCAGUCAUCAAUCCGCCGGCAAAAACAGAGAGAAGAAAAUGGUCAGUUAAGGAUGUUUUUGUUGUAAUAGCUGACAAGGAAUGAAAUAUGGCAAUGGCAAAAUCCUUCCAGCCAAGCUGAAUUUCUCGUGCAUCACUGAUAAUGCAAGAUGCUGUCAGGUAUUUUGUCAGUCUCAUCUCAAGUCGCUUGUUCAAAUAAAUGAGCUGCGGAUGAAGAUGAAAGAGCGAGCACUCCUCGUGGCAUUUUGGUUCAGGAACCAUAGAAUGAUACAAUUAACCAAUUUUUUGCCUCAGUUUGUAUACUAGGGUAAUGGACUGGACAAAUUUUCUGAUGGGUUUCUCUAAAAUGGCAUACGUGAUAGAAUCCUUCCUCAUGGAAAUUUGUAUAAUGUCUCUUUGUAAGGAUGUCGAUUCUGUUGUAUAUCAAACCUACAAUGUGUUCUACCACAUCACGGUAUUAGCAAAACUACUUUUGUUUAAA